UGUCAUUACAAACACGUUUGAAACAAUACCAGUUCCGUCAGAAAAUGUGUUUACAAAUGUUACAAUGAGAAAUGUGAUUUUUUUCCCGCGAAAAUAAUGCGCCACUCCCCGUCGACAGAAAGUAAUGGCCGCCCAAAAUAAAGCUGAAAGCGGGGAAGAGAUGCCAGCGGCGGCAGAUGCAAAUACCGAGCAGAAGGAGCGGCUCAUAGCCGCUGUCAAGAAAGAAGUUAAACAGCUUAUGGAAGAAGCUGUCACAAGAAAAUUCGUACAUGAAGAAAGUGGUGGGGUCACGACCCUCUGCGGUGCGGUGGAGGCCUGUCUCGGACAGGGCCUGAGGCGGCGGGCACUUGGCCUCUUUAAGACAAGCUCCACUACAGCGUUGCUUCACAAGAUAGCGAAGCAUUGCCCGGAGGCGGCGCUAGUGUCUGCGCGGGUGCUAGCCGCGGAGGGUGCGCCUGCGACGCGGUCGGCUUCAGGCGUGGAGCGACGGCCGUCUGCGCCCAGGCCGCCGCUAAACAAGAGGGGCUCGGGCUCGCUGUUGUCGCAGUCGCCUCCGCAGUCCAAGUACCUAUGGAUCAGAAUAGCUCUAUUCGAGCGUCAACUGGCGAAAAUAAUCGAGCACCUAGUGAGCAACGCGACCCGCUACUACGAGCGAGACGCGCUGGUAGCCGACCCCGACUAUGGAAGCAUACUCAGUUCACUUCUUGUGGGACCUUGUGCCCUGGAAUACUCCAAGGCGAAGGCCCCAGCGUGCUUCUGGACGGACCCACCGGCCGAUGAAUUAGUACAAAGACAUCGCAUGUCUGCCGGGACCACAACCCCUCCCUCUGUGCGGCGACCCAUCCUUAACUUCAGGAGGAGUCUUAACGCGUCUUCGGACGAUAGCGGUUCUGCAAACACAGGAACAGGCAAGACAGGAGGCAAUGCCAAAGAUUAUGUGGAAAGCUUGCAUCAAAACUCUACGGCGACGUUACUGUACGGGAAAAAUAAUGUGAGGGUGCAACCGAAAGACGUUGAAGAACCCAUGCCAGGGUAUUUGAGCCUACACCAGACUGCAGCAGGCCUCGUCAUCAAAUGGACGCCCAACCAACUCAUGAAUGGCUACGCAGAGAGUGAAGGCAUUGAUAAAAGUCGAUGUAGCUUCCGAUGCCACCCUGUACAUGCGUCGUCCUGUCAAAACUCCCGUGUUUUGUACAGCAUGGCUCCCGACUGCACUGUGUAUAGAAGGCGAUGUUCGGGGCCUUUAUGCUUUGAUUGUGUAUACUGGGCGAUGUCCCUCCAAGUCUGCGUGUGGGAGGUGGUCUACGUGCACGUGCACCGGUCCCAGGCGAGCGACGCCCUCAUCCUGGUGGGACAAGACGGGGUCCAGCGUCCACCCAUACAUUUUCCUAAAGGAGGUCAUUUGUUAUCUUUCCUCAGCAACUUAGAAACAGGAUUGUUACCUCAUGGACAAUUGGAUCCUCCAUUAUGGUCGCAACGAGGGACAGGCAAGGUAUUCGGACGUGGCAAGGCUCGGAGGCGUCCAAUGCCAAGCCUGUGCGAAAGUGGAGAAACUGAGGAAGCGGAGUGGGAAGAAGCAGCAGGCGACUACGUAUUCCGUAUAGUGAACAACGCUAUCACAGACAGAGAAGCCAUGCGUCAUUCCUUACUCGAGCGAGCAGUGCAUUCUCCUCCACGUACGCCGCGCCGCCCCUUGGCUUCCACAUCAACAACGUCAUCAGAUUCAUCAACAAUGUCUGUGGACUGUCCACCAUCAGCAGGACUGAAUGGUCACCAUCCGCCAUUACCUGUUCCAUCACCAGCACCAGUUGAACAGCCAGCAUCAAUAGAGUUGGUCUGCAGCACGAUGCGACGUCAGAUUAUCUCCAGGGCUUUCUACGGCUGGCUCGCCUACUGUCGGCACUUAUCUACCGUCAGGACACAUCUCAGUGGCUUGGUGCACCCAGUCAUUGUUCCAAGAGAAGGUACUGAAUCAGGACUGACAGAAGAACUUUGGCGAUCACUGAUGGAUGAUAAAGGCGUCAUUAACGACAAAGACGAGGUGUAUCGGCAAGUUUACUAUCACGGAGUACAGCAUGAGAUCCGCCGAGAGGUGUGGCCGUACCUGCUUGGUUAUUACGAGUUUAGUUCAACAGCAAAAGAGAGAUUGGAGCAAGAUGCAGCAUGCAGACGACAAUACGAAACUACGAUGUCUGAAUGGUUAUGUGUGGAAGCGAUAGUGAGACAACGAGACAGGGAAGCUACGGCAGCGUCCAUUGCAAGGCUUUCAGAGGCAGCAGGGAAACCUAAGCCAGAAUUAGCAGAACCUGAGGUAUUCGAAGAUGACUGCAGUGUUAUAUCAGACAAUCCACCAAUAGUUUCACCUGAACCCAGUGAAAUAGAUCAGAAAAAACCUGAAACUAAACCAGUGCUAUCUCGAGCACCGAGUAUAGACGAAGUAGAAAAUAUUGAAAUGGACUCGGAGGAAAAAGAGAAAGAUGAUGCUAAAGUUAACGGAGAGACUGAGAUGGGUGAUAAUAGAGAUGUAGAUAUAGACAGUCUUAAAGACUUAGAUGAAGAUGAAGAGGUGCACAUUAAAAGUGUGGUAGAAAAUCCAGAUUUGAGACGUGAAAGCAUAGCAGAAAUUAAGAGAUUAGCUGAGGGUAUAGUUCAGAAAGGUGAUGGAAGAGGUUUACUAUGUAGUGUUGAUAGUGCGAAUAUGAAUGGGAGUGAUAUGAGAUCUUCACUAGAUGAGUGUCAGCUUAGUCCACCGCCGCAGCAUACAAGCGUUAUUGUUACCAAUCCUUCAGUAGAUUUGGCUGCUGGUGGAUCCCCUGCAUCAGGAGGGACAACAGCAAAUGUCAGCCCAGCUCGAAGUCCACUGGGAGUUGUUCGAGAAGAGUCACAUUCUGCAGGUGCAUCAUUUGAUAUGCUGGAACCAAGCAAUGACCAACGAACGGAAAAUCGAUCAAAUUGUGUGUCACCAGCCAGUUCUAACGGUGGAGUUUAUUCGAAUGAACUAGUGGAAAGUUUUGCACUAAAUCUCCAUAGAAUUGAAAAGGAUGUACAAAGAUGCGAUAGGAAUUAUCCGUUCUUUACAGAUGAGAACUUAGAUAAACUAAGGAACAUUAUGUGCACAUAUGUAUGGGAACACUUGGACAUAGGAUAUAUGCAGGGAAUGUGUGACCUGGUGGCACCCCUGCUGGUGAUGAUGAAAGAGGAAGCUGUUGCUCACGCGUUAUUCUCUCGUCUGAUGGAGCGGGCUACAGAUAAUUUCCCAUCUGGGCAAGCAAUGGAUGCACAUUUCGCUGACAUGAGGUCUCUGAUACAGAUAUUAGACUGCGAGUUGUACGAAUUGAUGCACGCUCACGGCGACUACACACACUUCUACUUUUGCUACCGAUGGUUCCUGCUCGAUUUCAAGCGGGAAUUGCUUUACCAAGACGUGUUCGCCGCUUGGGAGUUGAUCUGGGCGGCGCGUCACGUGGCUUCCGAACACAUGGUGUUGUUCAUAGCACUCGCCCUGCUCGAGACCUAUCGUGACGUCAUCCUCGCUAACACCAUGGACUUCACUGAUAUCAUCAAGUUCUUUAACGAAAUGGCUGAACGUCAUGACGCUUCUGCAGUGCUAUCUUUGGCUAGAGAUCUGGUAUUACAAGUUCAAACUCUCAUUGAGAAUAAAUAAGAAUCAAAAUAAAAGUAGCCUCUAUAACUUGUACCAGUGGAUGUAAAUAUCAGUCUUACGGUACUCACAAUAGGUCGUUUACUACCUAAAACAUGAUUAUUAAAUAAGUAGUCGUUUCAAUUAAUCAAAUCAAUUAAUUGUUAAAUGUGUAUGACGAUCAGUGAUUUGACCUAGAAUUACAAUUUUCUAUGUGAGACCGUCUCAAAAAUUAUUAACGUCAUUGAAACAUUUCGACUAUAUUACAAUCAGAUAUUUUAAAUAACAAUAACAAAAGCGUUGGGAUUUAUAUAAAUUUUAAUAAAUUGGCUCAUUAUUCUUUAUUUGAAUUAUUUCAAUGCAAAAUUUAUCAAAAAAAAACUUUAUGAGGUUAUCAACAGUUUAAUCACGAAAAUUAGAAAAUUUUAUAGGAGAAAUAUUAAAUAGAAAACAUGAAAUAUCAUAAAACGACCCACACUGGGACGAUAAUAAAAUAGAGUAAAUUGAUACUGAUAAAUGUUAACUAAUAAAAUAAAAUAUAAUAAAAUUACUUAGAUACCUACAUGUACGUGUUUCGAAUGUCAUAAUUAAAUUUCUUGAAUUGUAUUAAUAGAAGAAGAAAACACUUUAAAAUCAUUAUCAAGGAUAAAAAAAUAUAUAUUAGGUACAUUACCAAAUUAUAUAAUCUGAGCGUAGUCCCAUAGUUAGCAGAUAAAGUUCUGAUAAUGGAAAAGAGGGAAAUCACGACAUUUUAUAGGCAUUAUGGUUGCUUUGAAACGAUUUCUAAAGCUAAUUAAAUACUUUCAUCGGGUAUUCAUCAUCUUAAGUGUAAUAGAAAUAAACGCAUAAAAAUCGUAAGAUUUGUUUGUAAACGUUUGGACAAAAACAUAUUUUUAAUUGUUAUAAAAAGCUAUUUCAUUUAAGUAGUAGUAGGUAUAAAUAUUUAUAUGCUCACCUGUAUUUAUAACUACCAGUUUUUUUUAAAUAUCCCUUUUUAAUUUUGCCACGGUAACAUUUUAAUUAAAAGUAUUAUUAUUUUUUAUUUUAUGUACACUUUUAAAAAUUUGGACAUGUUUCUAAUAAUGUUUUGAUAUCAAUUAGAUCUCUUCAUAUCGUCUGAAAUAUCCUAGCCGUGCCUUGCCCUACUAUUUCACAGGUAAAAAUAAAAUAUAUUUAUAUCUAGUUACUUGAAAAUAAUAUUUUAUAUUUACAUUAUUAAAAGUAGCAAUUUGAUCAAUGUAUCAA